UGUACACGUACGUAACGUCCAAGUCUUUGUCAUGAAUUUCAUUGCUACAAGAGCUGCCACGGUGCUUGCGCGUCGACCAGCAUCAGCAGUUACUGCAGCGCAACUCUUCCGACCGUCGUUGCCGAGGUAUCCUCACUGCACGCUCAAGCACCGCACCCUAACUUUGACACAAGUCAGAUGUGUUGAUUAUGAAGAGAGUGACUAUCUUCAUCACAGCAGUGUUCCCACGAUGUCUUUCCAGGAUCAUCUUCCUCCUCUACCAAUACCAAAUCUUGACGAAUCGUGCAGGCUUUUCUUACAAGCAUUGUCUCCUUUGUUACUAGAGCAAGAAAAGGAAAGUGCAAAGCAUUUAGUUUCAGAGUUUGCCGCUGGAGUUGGAAAAGAGUUACAGCAGCAACUCGAGUCCUUACCAUCCACCUUUGCCGAAGAAUUUUCUUUACGAGGGCGUGUUUUAGCGAACAGAACUCCUCUGCCUAUUUUCGGGAUGUAUGGAUGUGAGGCUAUACAACUUCGUGGUGACAAUCAAAUCUCAAAAGCAGCCCGUUACGUACAAACAUGCCUCAAGUUUGAUAACACACUGAAAGCAAACAAACUGCGUCCAGAUGUGUGGGACCUUAAACCGCAAUUGGAGAACGCUCUAAAGCAUUUGAAGCACGGUCCCAAGCCAGUGAUGUACGAAGGGAAGAAAGUGCUACCCCUCAGCAUGAACAACUAUCGACUUUUGUUCAAUUCUUGUCAAAUUGCUAAAUUUGGUAAAGACGAAUUGAGAGAAUACGAGGGCAGCAAACACAUUGUCGUGAUGCGCAACGGUCACAUUUACACAAUGGAUGUUAUUGAUGAAGAUGGCCGCCGAGCUUCCACCAGUCAAAUAUACAAACAGCUGAAGCAAAUAGUUGAUGAAACAAAUUCUGCUGCUGACAUUCCAGUGGCAGUUCUGACGACUACAGAUCGAGAUACCUGCGCCAGAGCCAUGCAAAAGCUGAGAGCGAGAAACGAAAGAUCGUUGAAUUUAGUAGAAAGCGCAAUCGUAGUUUUGUGCUUGGAUGAUAACGAAGCCAACACAGACAAAGAUAUUAUCGAAACGAUUCAAUUUGGCGAUGGAGGCAACAGGUGGUAUGGCAAAAACAACAUCGUCGUGGGAAAGAAUGGGUACAUAGGAAUGACAUGUCAUGAAUUUAUGGCAGAUGGCAAAGUCUACAUUCGCUUCUCUCAUGAACUAACUUCCGAGAUGUUGCAGUCGUCGUUUACCUAUCAAGACGGAUGCGAUAUUUCCAAGUGUACUAUUUCGCGCCUCGACUUCGACGUCGACUCUGAUCUUCUGUCCGAAGUUAACGAAGCAAAGAAAAAGUUUAGCUUCCUUGGUCAGCAUCUUCCUUUCCACCAAGUGAUCUGUGACGACUUCGACUACUCUCUCAUUAAAAAAAGGAAACUGAGUCCGGACUUUCUCGGCAAGCUGACGUCUCAGCUUGCCUUCUAUGCAAUGCGCGGACGUUUGCCGUACGCCACCGACGUCGUAGCUACGGCUUUCUACAAAGAAGGUCGGUUUGUGGAGUCACCAAUAGUCACUCGAGAGUCGGCAGCUUUCGUCAACGCCGUGGCUGUUGAAAUGAUCAGCGACAAAAAGCGUCUGUUUGACUUGAUGACUGCAGCCUCUCUUUCCAACCAGCUGAGGGUAUUUGACACCAUACAAAGCAAAAUGUUCAACUUUCACUUUGCAGCUCUCGAGCAUCUCGCCGAACAAUCUGGAGUAAAGGUACCAUUUUUCGCAAGCAAACUGUACGAGAAAACGAAAUUCCAAGAUUUUUCAAUAUCGACGGUCGAUUCCGGCCCUGAAUUUGCCAUAUUAACGUUUGCUUACAUGGAGUACGGUGGCACGUGGGGACUGUACCAGCAGGUGGCUAAGAGUCCUGGCAAGCUGCGAGUUAUUUCGUGCUUCCCUGAAGCCCCCGAGUAUCUUUCACACUUUCAAUCGAGUCUGGUUACGGUUAUGGAUGUCGUGAAGAAUGGAGCAACGAAAGCUUAGUGAUGAUCGUGUCUACAGUGCGACGAAUGGCAAACAGUGCUCGUCAAGGAGAAGCGUGCAUGUUGACUAGAACGUAUGUUGAUGUUAGUUGACUUAGUGUUUGUCUUUAGUAAAUGUCCAGGGCGGUAGGAACCGGUUCAUCUUUCAAUAUUUCUACUUCUGCCACUCGACAA